AUGGAUCGCCUCAACAGAAUGUUGGCAGGCGCUGGCGGCAUGGGUGGCCUCGGAGCUGCACCGGGUGCUGACAACUCUAACCUCAUUGAUAACUCCGAGACCGUCUACAUUUCGUCGUUAGCACUGCUCAAGAUGCUGCGACACGGCCGAGCGGGUGUGCCCAUGGAAGUCAUGGGUCUCAUGUUGGGAGAGUUUGUGGAUGACUUCACCGUCCGGGUAGUUGAUGUCUUUGCCAUGCCACAGAGUGGUACUGGUGUCAGUGUCGAAGCCGUCGACCCGGUUUUCCAGCAGAAGAUGAUGGACAUGUUGACACAAACGGGAAGACCCGAGUCCGUCGUUGGUUGGUACCACUCGCAUCCCGGUUUCGGUUGCUGGCUUUCUUCUGUCGACAUAAACACUCAACAGUCGUUCGAGCAACUGACACCCCGCGCCGUCGCCGUCGUCGUCGAUCCCAUCCAAUCAGUCAAGGGCAAGGUCGUCAUUGACGCCUUUCGUCUCAUCAACCCCCAGUCUCUGAUGCUCGGCCAGGAGCCCAGACAGAGCACCUCGAACUUGGGACACCUGAACAAGCCCUCCAUUCAGGCACUGAUCCACGGCCUCAACCGGCACUACUAUUCGAUCGGUAUUAACUAUCGAAAGACCGCCCUGGAGGAGAACAUGCUCAUGAACCUGCACAAGCACGUGUGGACCGAGGCACUGCAGAUGGAGGACUUUAGACACGAGGGCGAGCACAACAAGGAGCAGUUCCAGAGACUGGUGUCGUUGGCCGAUGGCUACGAGAAGAGAGUCAAGGAGGAGACAGAGUUGACAAAGGAGCAGCUGAAGACGCGAUACGUCGGAAAGCUCGACCCCAAGAAGCAUUUGGAAGAUGUUGGUCAGCAGCUCAUCGAGGACAACAUUGUGUCAGUAUCACGGCAAAUGAUCGACAAGGAGGCCACCAUGCCCAAGAAGGAUACCUCGGCCAACGGCCAAGCCAACGGCGACCACAUGGACGUGGAAGAGUUGUAG